CUCUGUCUUCCUCAUCAACAUGGGUGAAGCUCAUUUCAGCACCAGGAAGGUGGCUCUUUUCCGCCAGGAUACAUCUGGAGGCCUCACCUACCGCAUCCCAGCGCUGCUGUACCUGCCCCCCGAGUCCGCUUUCCUGGCAUUUGCGGAGGAACGCUCAACGCCCAGAGAUGAAGACUCCAAGUUCCUGGUGAUGAGACGAGGCCGGAAGGAAGGAGCAUCCGUCCAGAACAUUUCUGCAUGCCCAGAAAACAUGGCUGAGGCUCAGGCUGUCUCGGGGAAGGUGACUCUUUUCAGCCAGAAGAAGCGAGGGGGCCUCACCUACCGCAUCCCAGCGCUGCUCUACCUGCCCACCGAGUCCGCUUUCCUGGCAUUCGCAGAGGAGCGCUCCUCGCCCAGAGAUGAAGCCGCCAAGUUCCUGGUGAUGAGACGGGGUCAGAAGGAAGGAAACUCUGUCCAGUGGGGUCCUCAGGAGUCCCUGAAGACUGCCAUGUUGCCCGAACACCGCACCAUGAACCCUUGCCCGGUGUACGACCAGAAGAGCGGCAGAGUCUUCCUCUUCUUCAUCUGCGUGCAGACUUACAUUACGGAGGGGCACCAGAUCCGGACAGGGAGGAACGCCGCCCGGCUGUGCUACGUCUUCAGCCAAGAUGGCGGCCGCACGUGGAGCCAGACGACGGACUUGACCGAGCAGGUGAUUGGAGAGGACUUGAAGAACUGGGCCACCUUUGCUGUGGGGCCGGGCCACGGCCUGCAGUUGAGCUCGGGGCGCCUGGUGGUUCCGGCGUACACCUACUACAUCCACAAGCGUUUGUUUGGCUACGCGCUUUCCUGCUGGAUCAAGCCCCAUUGCUUCACUUUCUAUAGUGACGACGGUGGGCAGAGCUGGGGACGGAGCCAGUUGCUGGAGACCUUGUGGACGUCGGAGUGCCAAGUGGCUGAGCUGACUUGCCCGGAUGAUAGCCGAGUGUUGUACUGCAGUGCCCGCACUCUGCACAAGUACCGGGCUGGGGCCUUCUGCAAGGACAACGGAGACCAGUUUGUGAAUCCCUCUUUGUGCAAAGAGCUGUAUGAGCCGCCCCAUGGUUGCCAAGGAAGCGUAGCGAGUUUCUCCCCCAGGUUGGAUCUGAGCCAAAAGAAAGAUGCAAGCAAAUCGACUCCUCUGUUGGGCGUGGAUCCCUCCUCAACGUCCUCCAAGAGCGCCAAGUCCUGGCUGAUUUUCUCCCAUCCCACACACAAACGAAAGCGCCUGGAUUUGGGCAUCUACCUGAAUACUUCCCCACUGGAGAAGCAUUGCUGGAAAGCCCCCUGGGUGCUGCACGAAGGCCCCAGUGGCUACUCAGACUUGGCCGUGUGCGAGGAGGGGGAGUCCCUGACUUUCGGGUGCUUAUUUGAGUGCGGGGUGUCUUGCGAGUGUGAGGAGAUUGCCUUCCGGCUGUUCACCGACGCCGAACUCCUGAGGAACACAGGGGAAGCCUUUUCUUGUGCAGCUUCUUCCUCAGAGGCCUAGCUGCCCAAAAAUAAC